AUGGUAAAUAGAAACCAAAACGUCGAUGAUAUCAUACGGCAAGUUCGACAUGACGAUUUGGAAGUAGAUAAUAAUCUAGCAGCCAUGGUCGAGAGGAUUAUGGUUCAAAAUGGGGUAAAUUUCGGCCUUCGAAGGCCAAAUGAUACAUCACCUCUGUCAGAGUAUAUCUUACAGGAAGACGCACCCCCAAGAACAAAAAUCCUCAAAUUCACUAAGUUUUCUAGGGAUACUACUGAAUCCACUAUCGAACACGUGGAUAGAUGUUUAAUUGAGGCAGGAAACAUGUCAAAAAAUGAGAGCCUUAGGAUAAAGUUUUUUCCAAGUUCUCUCACAAAUAAUUCCUUCACAUGGUUCACCACCUUGCCACAAAGUUCGAUCCACACUUGGAACCAACUAGAGAGAAUGUUCCAUGAGCAGUUUUACAUGGGACAAAUGAAGAUAAAUCUGAAGGAACUGGCUAGUAUCAAACGAAAUUUUAUUGAGCCAAUUGAUGACUAUCUGAAUAGGUUUCGAUUACUCAAAGAUAUGUGUUUUACACAAGUUCUAGAGCAUGAACUAGUCGAAAUGGCCAUUGGGGGCCUUGAUUAUUCGAUUAGGAAGAAAUUAGAUACCCAAUAUCUGAGAGAUAUGGCCCAACUGGCUGAUAGGGUUCAACUGUUAGAACAUUUGAAGGAAGAAAAGGCUAGGGCAAAUAAAAGUAAAAGGGUAGCCUAUGUCGAUUUCAGAAAUGAUGAUGAAGGGUCCUAUCAUGGACUUUCAGACUUCGACGAUAACGAGAUUGACCUUGCUGAAUUGAAGCAAGGGUCACCAUACGUGUGUAAAAUUUUGGCCCCUUCGAAUGGAAAAAACCCUAUCGAACCAGAAAAGAAAGAAAAUUUUCCCAAGAAAACUUAUACUUUCGAUGUUACAAAAUGUGAGAAAAUUUUUGACUUGUUAGUUAAGGAUGGUCAAAUGAUAGUACCCCCGGGUGCUAAAGUACCUCCUUUAGAACAAAGAAAGAAAAGAGGGUUAUUUGCAAAUACCAUGGUUUUCUGGGUCAUAAAACAUCUCAAUAUUUUCUUUCUAGAGAUCUUGUGA